AAGUCAUUUCCCCUGGGAAGAAGUAAUACCUUGUCUUUAUCCAUUCUUUAAUAUUAGCGUUAAGUAGAAUUCCACUGCAGACAUAUGCCAAGUAUUCAUAUAGCCCCCAUCUCCAGUGGAUUCCUGGUUAAUAGCACGUAUUCAGCAUGACUACGGCUAUCCAGUUUAUCUCUGCAGUGGUAACUAGGAUUAUUUUUGUUGGACACGCGGGUUUGGUAGUGUGGAUGUUGGUGCAAACUACACCGAAUGGUGUCGUGUAUUGGUCGCUUCUGACAGGAAUUGCUUUAUUGGCAAUAGAAGCAGCAUUCACACUUGGUUAUCGCAAAGGAUUCGAGCAUAGAUACUUGUGGCCCAGUUGUUUUUUCUACUUGUGUACCAUGGUCCCGUGCGUGUGGAUUAUCGAGCUAGACAUGAUGCAGCGACGGAUUAACAAGGAUGAGAGCCUACCAAUCUUUUACAUUGGAAGCGAAAAAUUCAGCCUACAGUUCACUCGGAACUUUGCUGAGCUAGGGUUGGUGCUAGUAAUAAUUGGCGGGCGGUGGAUGCUGCCACGAGGAACUAUCACACGAGACCAGCUCUCCGCUCUCCUCCUUGAAUACGUCGGCAUAGCCGUUGAUAUCCUGGAGCUCUUUGGAAGUUUUGAAAAAGAUGAGAUGUCGACGAAUCACACGGUGACGGUUAUUAUUUUGAGUGUGUACUCGUGGAGUCUACUGCAGUUUACCUUCUCAAGUACUGCUCUGAACGAGGAGAAGGAGGAAGCGGACGAAGAAGAAGAGAGAAAACAGAUAGAAGAUGAACUGCUGAGCGAGGUGGCGAUUCUAGCACUUCCCGCCAAUCAGUGCAAGUACAUCCGCAAGUUGGUCAUGCAGCGUAUCAAACAAGAUAGGGAGAAAAGGCGGAGGAAAGCUAUCAAAAAACGCUACAGGGCGGUGGAUUCCCCAUCACGCGCGCAGUCCCUGGCAUCACUAGAGGGUGAACUUCAGAUGAAAAAAAUGCAGCUCCACGGAGACUCCCUUGGUAUAUUGGCAGGAAUCUUUAUGCAGGACGGGCCCUUUUUGGCCGUAAGACUCUACCUUAUUUUCGGUCUUGGGAUCGCCGAUGAAAAAGAACUGUUCUUUGCGGGCAAAAAUAUCGUGACGAUUGCGCUAUUGUUGUACCGGUUGUUCGCCAUCCAGUGUGUUGACGCUGACGAGGAGGAAGAGAUUACUCCGUAUGAGCGCGUGGGACAGGCAUCAUUUGCUGUGGUUGCCGCUAAAAGCGUAUCUCUUCGAAGGAAAAGGGUUGUAAUAAAUGAAAAUAUUGACAUUAACGGGAACAUUAGCACAGGGGCUGGACCAAAAGACAGGAAAAGGGCCCGAGAAAAAACGAAAAUUCAACCCGCCCCAUGGUAUACCGUGAACCCACCGGCGAUAUCUGAAAUAGAUAUCGAGUCUGAUCGAACUCGAAUUAUGUAAUUCUGUUUUGAGAAUGUUUUGAUGUUGAAAGAUGAAUUUUUGCUUGACCUCUAUCGCCAAGUGCUCCAAUAUGUAGGCAAGCGAAGCCUGCGAGUACUCAGCAAUGCGGUGAUAAACACGAUUCCCUCUAAGAACACACCUAAACUGUGUAUCUCUCGUAUAGGGCCGUGGCUUUUAUGAGGCGAUAAAAUGACUCAGUCAUACUUUUGUUCGAGAGCUUUAAAAUCUCCACCAUAUUGCUUUGGACAUUUUCACAGUGAUCGUAUAUUUUAUGGGUCAAUAUGCUCUACUUAUAUACGGCCCUUAUCGAUAUUCAAAGCCCUAAAAUUCAAUUUAGCUACCCAUAGAUGGUAUUCUUUUAUUUCAAAACAAUAAUUUUCUUGGUCAAUAUUAUACAAUAAUUUGCAAUGAUAAAUAUCUAAGGGUUUUGUUUUAUCUGAUAUGUACAUACUAGUUGUGAAUUUUUCUUUCUAGGAAAAUAUGUGGCAAUUAUUUUCCAAUUAUGGAUUCCAGAUAAUAGUUAAUUAAAGCGCGGCUCUCUGUACAUUUUAAAGUAUCUGGAAAUCUGCAGCUUACCUUUUGAUUUAUUAACCGCACUGGUGCUUAAAAAAAUUCAAAGAUUAAAGAAAAUUAUGCCUUAAUGAACCGGUACUCUGUCUUGAAACUAAUAGAGCUAAGACUGAAAGUACAAGCCUCCCGCGUAUUGGAACAUUGGGAAAGGCGCAUUAGGGACUAAGUAGUCCGGACAGACCGUUGGUAUGCGAUCUUUCGAGGCAAAGUCAAGUACACGUGCAGGCAAAGUUUGAGUCCAGGGUUGAAAUGCCGAUGCGUAUGGAUGAUGGGAAGAUAGUCGAGCGUCUAGGUAGGGUUUGUAUGACGCAGGUACAGAGUACAGCCCGUAUUUUCUCGCCUCUAUCUCCGAGUCUGUUGGACCGUCUUGCUUGUAGCGUUGCCGACACUUGUACCGAUGGUUCUGAAACCAGAUUUUGACUUGCACUGGAGUGAGGCUGAUCAUGCGGGCGAGGUGCUCGCGCUCAGGGGCUGAUAGAUACUGCUGCACGCGGAAUCGACGCUCCAGUUCGUAGAUCUGCGAUCUCGUGAAUAAGAUGCGCUUCUUCUUCUUGCCUCCUCGGUGUGUCGCCUUUUUGUUAAUUUCUAAGUCGUCUACAUCUCCAUUGGACUCGCUCUCUGAAAGCGUAAAAUAAAUCCAGUUUGGACUGUGAUACUAUCCUACAUAUCGAGUCCGUAAUAUUAUUAAUGCUCUUUUUCUAACUAUAUCUUAUUACAACCAAAAAUAGAAAAGAAUAAGGGGAUUUAUAAAAGAUUAGGGGGCGCUGCUGCUUAGUAAUGAGGGGUAGGACCUUGGUUAGACUAAAGAUCGACGGAUAACAUUUCGUUCGGUUGCAUGAAGCAUGCUCCUCGACACCCAAUAUCACAAACCUCCGCCCACAUUUGUAUGCCUCGAAAUAUUUUCGUUUUGGUCGAUACUACUAGUAAACACUAUUAACAAUACUUAUAAUAUUCUUAGUUACAGCGCCAAACUAUUAUGCAUUUUAUCAGCAUUUGCGUUCUUUCUCAAGUGUGAUGUGUGGUAAAACGCCUGGCCUCCCUAGGAUGUGUGUCACAGAACUUUUUUUGACAGAUAAAACAGAAACUCCAGGAAACUGAAAAUUGAAAUGUAGACAUCCUGUCGCCAUCGAUAUGCGUGUAAAUCCGAGCAAAGUCUCUAAUUCGUGUGAAAAAGGGUGUAAGUUUCGCCAGGGAUAAUCGACCAAUGAUGACUUUCGUAAAACUUAAUCCUGGGCUCAAGUCAAAGCAGGAAACAGAUGGAUCAGGUGAGUAUGGGUGUCCCAAGUAAACAUUGUCCAGGUUCAUGAUAGUAUUAUGUUAUUACCAACAAUGUACUUGGCUUCUCUGUUUUUAAAUAUGCCAUUUUUUAUGAAAUAAGUCAACGAAACAGGUUAUGCAGCGGAGAUGACUAUAGCAAAAUCUCUUUAAGCCAAGUAAAUAAAUUUUGACAUGAAUUU